CCGGUGUGGUGCCAGACAGAUCGUCACUUGAGGGACUUGACUCUCCUUUUGAAGCCUCCUUGUCCUCUGUCCUACUUCUGUCGCUCUCUACCCCUCUCUCUUUUUCGAGAAUUCCAGGCUUGUAAAGAAGAGUCAACACUCCCCUAAAGUUUCAACGAUGAGCUUCAGCAGGACAAGCUACACCAGCGGCGGCGGCGGCGGCAUGGGCGGCGGCGGCAGCAUGGGCGGCGGCGUCACCAGCGUUCGCAGGAGCUUCACCAGCCAGUCUAUGAUUGCCCCCGGAUCCACCCGGAUGAGCAGCGGAUCCGUCCGUCGUUCCGGCGCCGGUUUCGGUGGUGGCAUGGGCAUGGGCAUGGGCGGCGGCGGCGGCGGCGGCGGCUUCAACUACAGCAGCAGCAGCAGCGCAGGUGGCUACGGUGGCGGUCUCGGCGCUGGAUUCGGUGGUGGUAUGGGUGGCGGAUACCCCAUCACAGCUGUCACAACCAACCAGAGCCUGCUGGCCCCCCUGAACCUGGAGAUCGACCCCAACAUCCAGGUGGUCCGCACCCACGAGAAGGAGCAGAUCAAGACCCUCAACAACCGCUUCGCUUCCUUCAUCGAUAAGGUGCGUUUCCUGGAGCAGCAGAACAAGAUGCUGGAGACCAAGUGGAGCCUCCUGCAGGACCAGACCACCACCCGCUCCAACAUCGACGCCAUGUUUGAGGCCUACAUCUCCAACCUGCGCAGACAGCUUGACGGUCUGGGCAACGAGAAGAUGAAGCUGGAGGGGGAGCUGAAGAACAUGCAGGGCCUGGUUGAGGACUUCAAGAACAAGUAUGAAGAUGAAAUCAACAAACGCGCCUCAGUGGAGAACGAGUUUGUCCUGCUGAAGAAGGAUGUUGAUGGUGCCUACAUGAACAAGGUGGAGCUGGAGGCCAAGGUUGACGCUCUUCAGGAUGAGAUCAACUUCCUCAGGGCCGUCUACGAGGAGGAGCUGCGUGAGCUGCAGGGCCAGAUCAAGGACACCUCUGUUGUGGUGGAGAUGGACAACAGCCGUAACCUGGACAUGGAUUCCAUUGUCGCUGAAGUGCGCGCUCAGUACGAGGACAUCGCCAACCGCAGCAGAGCUGAGGCCGAGACCUGGUACAAGCAGAAGUAUGAGGAGAUGCAGAGCUCUGCUGGACAGUAUGGUGAGGACCUCCGCUCCACCAAGGCUGAGAUCGCUGACCUAAACCGCAUGAUUUCUCGUCUCCAGAAUGAGAUUGAGUCUGUCAAGGGACAGCGGGCCAACCUUGAGGCUCAGAUCGCUGAGGCAGAGGAGCGCGGUGAGAUGGCGGUGAAGGACGCCAAGCUCCGCAUCAAGGACCUGGAGGAUGCCCUCCAGAGAGCCAAGCAGGACAUGGCCCGCCAGGUGCGUGAGUACCAAGAGCUGAUGAACGUCAAGCUGGCCCUGGACAUUGAAAUUGCCACCUACAGGAAGCUGCUGGAAGGAGAGGAAAGCAGAAUAUCCUCCGGUGGUGCGUCUGCAACAAUCCAUGUGCAGCAGACCUCUGGCGGCAACUACUCCGGCGGAAGCUCGGGUGGAUUCGGCUAUGGCGGCGGCAGCGGAAGCUACGGCGGCGGCAGCUACGGCGGCAGCAGCAGCUUUGGCGGCAGCAGCAGCUUUGGCGGCGGCAGCGGCGGAGGUGCCACCAUCACCAAGUCUGUGACAUCCACCAGCUCCAGCAGACGUUUCUAGAGACCUUCAACUCUGUACCAAUCCACGGUGGUACGCAGUACUCUUAGACACAGCAAUAGCCCUGUUGAGUUAAAAGUGGUGGGGGAACGUCUAGCGAACCUGAUGAUUUGCAAUGAGAUUGAUGACAUGUAUUUACGUUUCUUUAUCAAUCCCUCCCAGGACAGAGAAAUAAGAAUAGGGAACCUGAAUUAUACUGCCUUGACAGUGAUUCACUGGAAAACAAUGAAUGUAUCAAUGUGUUCAUCCAGGAUCAAUAGCUGUUCUCCCCUCAUUCCCAUGUACUCUUCACCAUAAUUAACAGGUAACCCAGAAUGUACCAGGUCCUUACAAGGCCUACAUUCCUAUCUUUCUGCACUGACGAAUAAGGAAUUGGAAGAAAAAAAAAGAAAAAAAAGAGUAAACUCUUGAGGGAAAAGUUUAAACCAGCUAUAAAGAAAGCUUGCUCGGGAUCCUCCUUGUAUCUUUGUCAGUUUGUAUGUUGCAUCUAAAUGCAUCAGUGGUUGUUGGGCAUAUUGUUCUAGCGUCACACUCAUAGGCGGCAGUGCCAUGGACAUAAUCAAUCAACUAUGGACACUUGCUGAUUUGGCAGCUGAACGGAGAAAACACUCCCAACCUUGUGGGAAUACCCUCAUAUUUCUUUAAGGUGAUUUAUGAAUGAUAUGAAAGCGAUUACGUCAUGUGUUCUCGUAAACAAAUAUAGGCCUUGUUGCUAACACAUGACCUGUCUCUUUCAUAGUGUACUGCGGUAGCCAUACAGAAGUGCCUGUAGUCAAUCUUCACUCGCAUAACUCUAAAGGAAAUACAUUGUUGUCAGAGGUUUACAUUUUUAGAGAGGUUUCCUGUAAAUAGUUUUCUUCGGUGCUUGGUUUUGCUUUUUAUGACCAUUAGAAUGAAACGAUGUUGCGACCAGAUUUAUUUGUAAACGUUUUCUCAACAACCUACAUCAUUUGUGACAAUUGACUUUUUAACAUAAAAAAAAUAACUAAUUAAAUGAAUCUGAGAUCUAUAA